AUGCACAUCGCAGGCGUAGGGGACUUCAGCCUCGAGGAGCUGGACCCGCUGCCAGACCCCUGCCCGCUCCCCGAGUCCGCCGCCGGCGCCGCCGCGGCCGGGCGGCGCCGCACGCUGAAGGAGCGUGACCGGCUGCUGUAUGCGCCCAUGAGCGACGCGGGCGGCCUGCUGUAUGACAAGGACGCCGUCUACAUUGACAUCCCGGACUGGAAGGUGCAGUACACCACCACCUGCGGCGCCACGACCGGCACGCAGGUCGCGGGCGCGCCGAGCGGUACGCUCGAGGCGGCGGAGGGCGAGCAGAUGGUGCGACAGCUGGCGGGCGCCCGCGAGGCGAUCGACGAGAAGCUGGCGGGAAGCCGCAUCCGCGUGUUUGGGGGCGGCGCAGAGCUCGGGGGGUCGGACGAGGAAGAUGAGGAAGAUGAGGGGUCAGAGGGAGAUGAGGAAGAUGAGGGGUCAGAUGAGGAGGGGGAGGAGGGGGACAGCAGUGAGGAGGAGGAGGAGGAGGAGGAGGGGGCGGGCGGCGGCGCGCCCGCACGGCGCAAGGGGCUGCCGGGGUCGGAGCCCGUGAUGCACGGCGGCCGCCUGCGGCGCCGCGCGCUGUUCGGCGGCGGCGCCGGCGGCGAGGAGGAGGAGGAAGGCGGGCAGGCGGCAGCGGACGAGAUGCGGGCGCUGCUCGGCGGCUUUGGCGGCGGCGGCAGCGAUGACGAGGGCGGGUCCGAAGAUGAUGAUGACGAGUCCGAGGGUGAUGAUGAGGAGGAGGAUGAGGAUGAUGAGGAGGAGGGCAUCGGCGGCGCCGCGCGCUGGAAGGCCGGUCUGGCCGCGCGCGCGUCCGCGGUAUUCGCCCCCCGCGGCCGCGACCUGCGGGACAUGAUCUACGGCCAGAGGGCCACCGCGGACGCGGCGGGCGGCGGCGGGGACAGCGGCGGCGGCCGGAAGCGGGGCCGCGGCGCAUUCGAGGCGGGCGGGGGCGACGGAGGGGAAGAGGACGAGGGGGACGAUGAUGACAGCGAUGGGGAGGACCUGUUUAGACUGCGGCGCAGCAGCACUGAGCAGCACGCUGGGCCAGCGGCCGGCGGCGGCGCCAGGGCCGGCGGCGGCGGCGGCGGCGGCGACCCCGUCGAUGGGCCGGACACCAGCCGCCCGGCGGCUGCCGGGCAGCUGCUCGCGAGGCAGCUGGAGGAGCGGUGGGCGGAGGCGGAGGCGGUCGAGGCCCUCAGAAACAGGUUUGUCACCGGUGACUGGGAGGCGGCCGCUGCCCGCGCGGCUGCGCGGCCCGAGGGCGACUCGGGGUCCGAGGAUGGCGGCGGCGGCGACGACGACGACGAGGUUUUCGGAGAUUUCGAGGAUGUAGAGGCCGGCGUCAAGUUCAGUGGCGGCAAGGGCGGUGCCGGCGCCGGGGCCGUGGACGCAGUGACGGCGGUGGCGCAGCAGGCGAUUGCCGAGGCCACGGCCGAGGAGCUGCGUCAGAAGAAGCUGGCCCAGAGGGCGGCCUUCGAGGCCACCUAUGCGUCAGGCGGCGCCAAGGCGGUCGCGCGCGCCGCGACGGGCAAGGGCGGCGCCGGCGGCGGCGACGAGGAGGAGGAGGACGGGGAGGAGGGCGGCGGGCAGGGGCGCAGGCGCAAGGGUGCAUCUGCGCCACCUGGCAUGCGCAAGGCGGACGAGGGUGAGUCAUUUUUCGACGCCCAGAAGCGGGAAAUCCAGGAGCGCGCGCAGGCCACGCGCGACGCGCUCGCGUCGCUCGACCCGCGGACGCGCGCGGCUAUGGCGGGGCACGAGGCGGGGACGUACGUCAGGAUGAGGUUCAAGGGCGUGCCGUGCGAGCUGGUGACGCACUGGGAGCCGCGGCGCCCGCUGCUGCUGGGGGGUCUGGGGCAGGGUGAGGACAAGGCGGGCGUCAUGAGGGUUCGCUUCAAGAGGCACAGGUGGUACCCCAAGACCCUCAAGACGCGCGACCCCCUCAUCCUGUCCGCCGGCUGGCGGCGCUACCAGGCCAUACCCCUGUACGCCCUGGAGGACCACAACCGCCGCCUGCGGGCCAUCAAGUACACGCCGCAGCACAUGCACUGCGUCGCCGCGGUCCACGGGCCGUUCGCGCCGCCAAACACGGGGGUUGUCGCGCUGCAGGCGGGCGUGGCGCUCAACCCCAGCGCGGCGUCGUGGCGCAUCGCGGGCACAGGGGUGGUGCUGGAGCAGGAGGCUGACCUGCGCGUGGUGAAGAAGCUCAAGCUCGUGGGGACACCCUUCAAGGUGCACCGCCACACGGCGUUUGUCGGGGGCAUGUUCACCAGCCAGGUCGAGGCGUCCAAGUUUGAGGGCGCGGCGGUGCGCACGGUCAGCGGCAUACGCGGCACAAUCAAGAAGGCGCUGCGGCCGGGCGUGCAGGGGGGCCGCGACGGGUCGGUGCGCGUGACGUUUGAGGACAAGCCCCUCAUCAGCGACAUCGUCUUCCUGCGUGCCUGGGUGCAGGUGGUCGCUCAUGCGUGGCCCUGCGGCGACGCCGCGAUGGGUGCAGCUCCAUUCCAGGCGCCCCGCCGACCGCCGAUUCUGAACACUCGGCAAUGA